AUGCGCGCGGCCGGGGCCCCCGGGAUCGCGUCCCGCGCCGCCACCGGUGCUCAGCCGGUGCCCCGGCUGCCGCCUCCCCUGCUGUUGCUACUGCCGCUUCUCCUGUCCCCGGUAAGCCGCGCCCGGGCACAGCCCGCUGCCCCGGGCCGGGAGCUGCUGUCCCCGGAUCCCGCGGGCGCUGCGGGGGUCCUCGCCGAGGAGGCCGUGGUGCUGGCGAACCGGGGGCUCCGGGUGCCCUUCGGCCGCGAGGUCUGGCUGGAUCCGCGGCGCGACCUGGUGCUGCAGGUGCAGCCGGGGGACCGCUGCGCGGUGACCGUGCUGGACAGUGACGCGCUGGCGCAGAGGCCGGGCCGCCUGAGCCCCAAGCGCUUCCCGUGCGACUUCGGCCCCGGGGAGGUGCGCUACUCGCACCUGGGCGCUCGCAGCCCGUCGCGGGACCGCGUGCGGCUGCAGCUGCGCUACGACGCGCCGGGAGGGGCCGCAGUGCUACCGUUGGCGCUGGAGGUGGAGGUGGUCUUCACCCAGCUGGAGGUCGUGACUCGGAACCUGCCCCUCGUCGUGGAGGAGCUGCUGGGGACCAGCAACGCCCUGGACGCGCGGAGCCUGGAGUUCGCCUACCAGCCCGAGACCGAGGAGUGUCGCGUGGGCAUCCUGUCGGGCUUGAGCGCGCUGCCCCGCUACGGGGAACUGCUGCGCUACCCGCAGGUUCCCGGUGGAGCCGGCGACGGGGGCGCCCAGGAGCCUCUCCUGAUGGACUGCAAGGCCUUCCAGGAGCUGGGCGUGCGCUACCGCCACACGGCCCCCGGCCGGUCGCCCAACAGGGACUGGGUGCCCAUGGUGGUGGAGCUGCGCGCUCGAGGCUCGCCAGUGGGCAGGCCUGCUUUGAAAAGGGAGCACUUCCAGGUGCUGGUGAGAAUCCGAGGGGGGGCGGAGAACACUGCGCCCAAGCCCAGUUUUGUGGCCAUGAUGAUGGUGGAGGUGGAUCAGUUUGUCCUGACCGCCCUGACCCCCGACAUGCUGGCGGCGGAGGAUGCAGAGUCGCCCCCUGACCUGCUGGUCUUCAACCUCACCGCUCCCUUCCAGCUGGGCCAGGGCUACCUGGUAAGUACCGAUGACCGCAGCCUGCCCCUCUCCUCCUUCACUCAGAGGGAUCUGCGGCUCCUGAAGAUCGCCUACCAGCCGCCCUCUGAGGACUCUGACCGAGAGCGGCUCUUUGAACUGGAGUUGGAGGUAGUGGAUCCAGAAGGAGCAGCCUCAGACCCUUUUGCUUUCAUGGUGGUGGUGAAGCCCAUGAACACGCUGGCUCCAGUGGUCACCCGGAACACAGGCCUCCUUCUCUACGAGGGCCAGUCCCGGCCCCUCACAGGCCCCGCAGGCAGUGGACCACAAAACUUGGUCAUCAGCGAUGAGGAUGACCUGGAGGCAGUGCAGCUGGAGGUGGUGGCUGGGCUCCGGCAUGGUCACCUUGUCCUCCUGGGUGCCACCCACGGCAACUCGGCCCCUAAGACCUUUUCGGUGGCCGAGCUAGCGGCCGGCCAGGUGGUCUACCAUCAUGAUGACAAAGAUGGCUCACUGAGUGACAACCUUGUACUUCGAAUGGUGGACGGAGGACGCAGGCACCAGGUGCAGUUCCUGUUUCCCAUCACCUUAGUGCCUGUGGAUGACCAGCCACCAGUCCUCAAUGCUAACACGGGGCUGACACUGGCGGAAGGUGAAACGGUGCCCAUCCUGCCCCUUGCUCUAAGUGCAGCUGACAUUGACUCAGAGGACUCUCUGCUACUUUUUGUGCUGGAAUCGCCCUUCUCAGCGAUAGGGCAUCUGCUUCUCCGCCAAACUCAUCCUCCGCACGAGGAGGAGGAGUUUACUGGGAGCCCUUGGAGGAAACAGGGAGAGUUCUAUGAGAAAGCAGUGACAGAAUGGCGGCAGCAGGACAUAAGAGAGGGGAGGCUGUUCUACAGGCACUCGGGGCCCCAUAGUCCUGGGCCAGUGAUUGACCAGUUCACGUUUCGCGUCCAAGAUAACCAUGACCCCCCUAAUCAGUCAGGACCGCACAGGUUUGUGGUGCGCAUUCAUCCGGUGGAUCGGCUCCCUCCAGAGUUGGGCAGUGGCUGUCCCCUGCGGAUGGUGGUGCAGGAGUCCCAGCUCACCCCGCUGAGGAAGAAGUGGCUGCGCUACACCGACCUGGACACAGAUGACCGGGAACUCCAUUACACAGUGACCCAGCCCCCCAUGGACACAGAUGAAAACCACUCGCCAGCCCCCCUGGGCUCCCUGGUCCUAACAGACCAGCCCUCGGUCGUGGUGGCCCAUUUCACCCAAGCCCAGAUCAACCACCAUAAAAUUGCUUACAAACCUCCAGAUCAAGAACUAGGAGUGGCUGCCCGAGUGGCCCAGUUCCAGUUCCAGGUGGAAGACCAAGCUGGGAAUGUGGCCCCAGGCACCUUCACCCUUUACCUGCAGCCAGUGGACAACCAACCACCUGAGAUCCUCAACACUGGUUUCACUGUUCAGGAGAAGGGCCACCAUGUCCUGAGCGAGACCGAGUUGCGUGUGGAUGACGUAGACACAGACGUGGCACACAUCUCUUUCACUCUCACUCAGGCACCCAAACACGGCCACAUGAGAGUGUCUGGACAGAUUUUGCACGUAGGGGAGGUCUUCCACUUGGAAGAUAUAAAACAGGGUCGGAUUUCCUAUGCACAUAAUGGAGAUGAGUCCCUCACUGACAGCUGCUCCUUGGAGGUCAGCGACACGCACCACGUGGUGCCAAUCACUCUCAGAGUGAACAUCCAGCCAGUGGAUGAUGAGGUGCCCAUGCUGAGCCUUUCUGCUGGCACUCUGGGGUCAUAUCUAGAUGUUUUAGAAAAUGGAGCUACCGAAAUCACUGCCAGUGUUAUCAAGGGGACUGAUGAGGACACUGAUGACUUGAUGUUGACUUUCCUCUUGGAAGAUCCACCCUUAUAUGGUGAAAUCCUGGUCAACGGAGUUCCAGCAGAGCAGUUUACCCAAAGAGACAUUUUAGAGGGCUCUGUCGUCUAUGCCCACACUAGUGGUGAGAUAGGCCUGUUGCCCAAAGGGGACUCUUUUAACCUGAGCCUGUCGGAUAUGUCUCAAGAAUGGGUAAUAGGUGGCAGUACUAUCCAAGGAGUCACCGUGUGGGUGACCGUCCUCCCUGUCGAUAGCCAGGCUCCAGAAAUUUCUAUAGGUGAACAGUUUAUAGUUGUGGAAGGUGAUAAGAGUGUUGUAACAUCAGCACAUAUAAGUGCUGAAGAUACCGAUUCACUAAAUGAUGACAUCUUAUGCACUAUAGUUAUUCAGCCUACGUCCGGUUAUGUUGAAAACAUUUCUCCAGCCCCAGGCUCUGAGAAGUCAAGAGCAGGAGUUGCCAUAAGUGCCUUUACCGUGAAAGACCUCAGGCAGAGUCAUAUUAACUAUGUCCAGAGUGUCCAUAAAGGGGUAGAACCUGUGGAAGAUCGAUUUAUAUUUCGUUGCUCUGAUGGCAUUAACUUUUCAGAGAGACAUUUAUUCCCCAUUGUCAUCAUUCCCACCAAUGAUGAACAGCCAGAAAUAUUUAUGAGAGAAUUUAUGGUGAUGGAAGGCAUGAGUCUGGUGAUCGACACGCCCAUCCUCAAUGCUGCUGAUGCUGACAUUCCCCCCGAUGACUUAACUUUUACUGUUACCCAAUUUCCUACUCGCGGUCACAUUGUGAACCAGCUGAUAAAUGGCACAGUUUUGGUUGAAAGCUUUACCUUGGACCAGAUCAUAGAGAGUUCUAGCAUUAUUUAUGAGCAUGAUGACUCUGAGACCCAGGAAGACCGUUUUGUGAUUAGACUAACAGAUGGUAGGCAUUCAGUGGAAAGGACGGUCCCCAUUAUUGUUAUCCCAGUUGAUGAUGAGACCCCCAGAAUGACCAUCAAUAAUGGACUAGAAAUAGAAAUUGGGGAAACCAAAAUUAUCAACAACAAAAUAUUAAUGGCAACUGAUUUAGAUUCGGAAGACAAAUCUUUGGUUUAUGUUAUUCGUUAUGGGCCAGGACAUGGCUUAUUGCAGAGGCAAAAACCUACAGGUGCCUUUGAAAAUAUCACACUCGGCAUGAAUUUUACCCAGGAUGAAGUGGACAGAAACUUAAUUCAGUAUGUCCAUGUUGGACAAGAGGGCAUUCGGGACCUUAUUAAAUUUGAUGUGACUGACGGAAUAAACGCCCUGAUAGAUCGCUACUUUUACAUUUCCGUCGGGAGUAUUGACACUGUCUUCCCAGAUGUGAUAAGCAAGGGGGUAUCCUUGAAAGAAGGAGGCAAAGUCACCCUCACAACAGACCUCCUAAGCACAAGUGACCUGAACAGUCCUGAUGAAAACUUAGUUUUCACCAUCACCAGGGCUCCCACGAGAGGUCACUUAGAGUGCACAGAUCAACGUGGAGCUUCCAUCAUGUCUUUCACUCAGCUCCAACUGGCUGGCAACAAAAUCUACUACAUCCACACAGCUGAUGAUGAGGUCAAGAUGGACAGUUUUGAGUUUCAAGUCACGGAUGGACGUAACCCUGUCUUCCGGACAUUCCGUAUCUCCAUUAGUGAUGUGGAUAACAAAAAGCCAGUAGUCACCAUCCAUAACCUGGUUGUCAGCGAGGGUGAAAACAAGCUGAUCACUCCCUUUGAACUCACUGCCGAAGACCCAGAUACUCCUGACAAACUCCUGAAGUUCAUCGUCACCCAGGUGCCUGUUCAUGGUCAACUCUUAUUCAACAAUACCAGACCUGUCAUGGUUUUUACCAAGCAAGACUUGAAUGAAAACUUAAUCAGCUACAGACAUGAUGGCACCGAGUCAAGCGAAGACAGCUUCUCCUUCACGGUGACUGACAGUUCUCAUACAGAGUUCUAUGUCUUCCCUGAUACAAUAUUUGAAACGAGGAGACCCCAAGUGAUGAAAAUCCAGGUCUUAGCUGUUGACGAUAGCAUCCCCCAGAUUGCAGUGAACAAAGGGGCUUCCACGCUUCGCCCUCUGGCUACCGGCCACUUGGGGUUCAUGAUCACAAGCAAAGUAUUGAAAGCAGAGGACAGAGACAGCUUACGUUUUUCUCUCAGGUUUAUUGUGACAGGAGCUCCUCAACAUGGGUAUCUCCUCAAUCUGGACAGAGGCAACCACAGUGUCACUCAGUUUACACAAGGUGACAUUGAUGACAUGAAAAUAUGCUACGUUUUAAAAGAGGGGGCCAAUGCCACAAGUGAUGUGUUCCAUUUUACAGUUGAAGAUGGUGGAGGAAACAAAUUAACCAAGCAACAUUUUCGUCUGAAUUGGGCAUGGAUCUCCUUUGAAAAGGAAUAUUACCUGAUCAAUGAGGACUCCAAAUUUCUAGAUGUCGUUCUUAAACGUAGAGGGUUUUUGGGAGAGACUUCAUUUAUAAGUAUUGGCACAAGAGAUGGGACUGCAGAAAAAGACAAAGACUUCAAGGGCAAAGCACAGAAACAAGUACAGUUCAACCCAGGCCAGACCAGGGCAACCUGGAAAGUGCGGAUCAUGAGCGAUGGGGAGCAUGAGCAGUCGGAGACCUUCCAGGUGGUUCUCUCAGAGCCGGUGCUGGCUGCUUUGGAGUUUCCCACAGUGACCACAGUGGAGAUCAUUGACCCAGGAGAUGAGUCAACUGUAUUUAUUCCCCAGUCUGAAUACUCUGUUGAAGAAGACGUCGGUGAGCUGUUCAUUCCCAUUAGGAGGAGUGGAGACGUGAGCCAGGAGCUGAUGGUGAUCUGUUACACACAACAAGGAACAGCAGGCGGAACUGUACCAACAUCAGUGCUGUCCUAUUCAGACUACAUAUCCAGGCCGGAGGACCACACCAGUGUCAUCCGCUUUGACAAAGAUGAACACGAGAAAAUGUGUCGCAUCGUUGUUAUUGAUGACUCCCUGUAUGAAGAGGAGGAAACAUUCCAUGUCCUUCUGAGCAUGCCCAUGGGAGGGAGGAUUGGAUCAGAGUUCCCAGGGACUCAGGUUACAAUCAUCCCUGACAAAGAUGAUGAACCUGUCUUCUACUUUGGUGAUGUCGAGUACCUGGUGGACGAGAGCGCCGGCUAUGUGGAAUUGCGGGUGUGGAGAACAGGCACCGACCUGUCCAGGUCUUCCAGUGUCACCGUGAGGUCUCGGAAAACAGAUCCUCCCUCUGCUGAUGCCGGAACAGAUUAUGUGGGAAUCAGUCGGAAUUUAGAUUUUGCACCUGGAGUCAACAUGCAGACUGUUCGUGUUAUCAUCCUGGAUGAUCUUGGGCAACCAGUGCUGGAGGGAAUUGAGAAAUUUGAACUGGUGCUUCGUAUGCCUAUGAACGCUGCCCUCGGCGAGCCCAGCAAAGCCACGGUUUCCAUAAAUGAUUCUGUCUCCGACUUGCCUAAGAUGCAGUUCAAAGAACGAGUAUAUACUGGCAAUGAAAACGAUGGGCAGAUAGUUGCAAUGAUCCACAGGAGUGGAGACAUUCACUAUAGGUCUUCAGUGAGAUGCUACACACGACAGGGGUCUGCACAGGUGAUGACGGACUUUGAGGAACGUCCAAACAUUGAUAGCUCUGUCAUCCUGUUCCUCCCUGGUGAGACUGAAAAGCCUUGUGUACUUGAGCUGAUGGAUGACAAACUCUAUGAAGAGGUAGAGGAACUCCGCCUGGUUCUUGGAACCCCAAGUAGCGACUCCCCCUUUGGGGCUGCAGUUGGGGAACAAAAUGAAACUCUGAUAAGGAUCCAAGAUGAUGCUGAUAAGACUGUUAUUAAAUUUGGAGAAACCAGAUUUAGCGUGAGCGAACCCAAGGAACCAGGACAGUCGGUGGUUGUAAAAAUUCCAGUGAUUCGCCAAGGAGAUACUUCAAAGGUUUCAAUUGUGAGAGUCCACACCAAGGAUGGCUCAGCCACUUCUGGAGAAGACUAUCACCCUGUGUCAGAAGGUAUGGGGUUUAAGGAGGGAGAAACCCAGCAUAUUGUUAACAUUGAAGUAAUCUUCGAUGGGAUCAGAGAGAUGAGAGAGGCCUUCACUGUCCACCUAAAACCCGAUGAGAACAUGGUGGCAGAGACGCAGGUCACCAAAGCCAUUGUGUAUAUAGAAGAAAUGAACAGCAUGGCGGAAGUCACUUUCCCAUCUGUCCCUCAAAUUGUGUCAUUACUGAUGUAUGAUGACACUUCCAGAGCUAAAGAUAGUGCAGGACCUGUGUCUGGCUAUCCUGUUGUCUGUAUUACAGCUUGCAACCCUAAAUACUCAGACUAUGACAAAACAGGUUCUAUUUGUGCAAGUGAAAAUAUCAAUGACACCUUGACCCGGUACCGAUGGCUAAUUAGUGCACCCGCUGGCCCUGAUGGUGUGACCAGCCCCAUGAGAGAAGUGGACUUUGACACCUUUUUUACAUCGUCCAAGAUGAUCACCUUGGAUUCCAUAUACUUCCAGCCCGGCUCCAGAGUGCAGUGUGCGGCCCGUGCUGUGAAUGCCAAUGGCAAUGAGGGCCUGGAGCUGAUGAGCCCUAUUGUAACCAUCGGCAGAGAAGAAGGUCUUUGUCAGCCCAGGGUGCCAGGGACAGUGGGAGCAGAGCCAUUCUCAGCUAAGCUGCGCUACACAGGCCCCGAGGACCCAGAGUACACGAACUUUAUCAAGCUCACCGUCACGAUGCCACACAUAGAUGGUAUGCUCCCUGUGAUCUCCACUAAAGAGCUUUCCAACUUUGAGCUCACCCUCAGUCCUGAUGGCUCAAGAGUUGGAAACCACCAGUGCUCCAAUCUUCUAGAUUACACUGAAGUGAAGACUCACCAUGGCUUCUUAACUGAUGCUACGAAAAAUCCAGAAGUAAUUGGAGAGACUCAUCCUUACCAGUACAGCUCAUCUAUCAGAGGUUCCAGUACCUUACGCUUCUAUCGAAACUUGAACCUGGAAGCCUGUUUAUGGGAGUUUGUUAGCUACUAUGACAUGUCAGAACUUCUCACCAACUGUGGAGGAACCAUCGGGACAGACGGACAGGUCCUGAAUCUGGUGCAGUCCUAUGUGACCCUUCGGGUGCCUCUGUAUGUUUCGUAUGUGUUCCAUUCCCCCGUUGGCGUAGGGGGCUGGCAGCAUUUUGACUUGAAGUCGGAGCUCCGCCUGACUUUCGUGUAUGACACUGCCAUCUUGUGGAAUGAGGGCAUCGGCAGCCCACCAGAAGCCGAGCUCCAAGGUUCUCUCUACCCGACUAGCAUGCGCAUUGGUGAAGAGGGGCGCUUGGUUGUGAACUUCAAGACAGAGGCUCAGUUCCAUGGAUUGUUUGUGCUGUCUCAUCCCGCAUCCUUUACAAGCUCAAUGAUCAUGUCAGCUGAUCACCCGGGCCUGACCUUCUCCUUGCGCCUCAUCAGGAGUGAACCAACCUAUAACCAGCCAGUGCAGCAGUGGAGCUUUGUGUCUGACUUUGCAGUACGUGACUAUUCGGGGACCUACACCGUGAAACUGCUACCUUGCACUGCUCCAUCGCAUCAGGAGUACCACCUGCCAGUCACCUGCAGCCCCAGAGAGCCCAUCACCUUUGACCUCGACAUACGAUUCCAGCAGGUCAGUGAUCCAGUGGCGGCUGAGUUUAGCUUGAACACCCAAAUGUACCUCCUGUCCAAGAAGAGUCUCUGGUUGUCUGACGGAUCCAUGGGAUUUGGGCAAGAGAGUGAUGUUGCCUUCACAGAAGGUGAUAUAAUCUAUGGUCGUGUCAUGGUAGAUCCUGUCCAGAAUCUGGGUGACUCCUUUUACUGCAGCAUUGAGAAGGUGUUCUUGUGCACUGGAGCUGAUGGCUAUGUUCCCAAAUAUAAUCCCACAAAUGCAGAAUAUGGCUGCUUAGCCGACUCUCCUUCACUCUUAUAUAGAUUUAAAAUUGUGGACAAAGCUCAACCAGAGACACAAGCCAUCAGUUUUGGAAAUGUCCUGUUUAAUGCCAAACUAGCAAUGGAUGAUCCUGAAGCUAUUCUCUUAGUGAAUCAGCCUGGAUCUGAUGGAUUUAAAGUCGACUCCAUGCCACUCUUUCAGGUCGCUCUGGGCCGAGAAUGGUACAUACACACGGUCUACACAGUAAGAUCAAAAGACAACGCCAAUCGAGGCAUUGGCAAAAGAAGCACUGAGCACCAGCACCACUCCUUAGUGAGACCAGGGAAGCCCCAGGCAACUAGCAAGGGCCGGAAGAAGAGGGAGAUCAGGAGCUCACCCCCACUGGCCUGGCAAAUAGGUGCUGAGAACAACCGGGGAACAAACAUCCAGCACAUUGCCCUGGACCGCAGCAGCCGGAAGCUGAUCCCCCAAGGCCGAGUUCCUCCUGACGGCGUCCUCCCCCGGGAGCUCAACCGUCCCAGCUCUGAGGUCAGCCUGGUCACAGUCGUUGGCGGCAUCGCGGUGGGAUUGCUAACCCUCUGCCUUGCUGCCAUCACAGUGAUGAUGUGCAAGAGCAAGAAGGGCGCCAGGAGAAAGGAUGCUCUAAAGUGCUCAGGCAGCAGCAAGCCCAUGAUGCCUCCGCAGAGCCACCACUGUGACAGCUCAGAGGUUUGAUGACCACAGGUGGUACUCAGCCUCCUCCCCAAGUGCCUCAGAAAAACAGUAGAAACCCAAAUGCUUCUGGAAACAGCAGAGAACUGGGGGCUUCCGUUUCAAAGCUACUCAGAAGACCUGACUGUACUGAUGAAUAACCUUGGAUUUGAAUUGUGUCUACUCUUUCAUGCAUCAAAGAAACAAAUGCAGACCACAGACCACAGCUUUCCUCUGGCCCAGAAGGUGGCAGACACAGGGACACAGAGCCAUAGAUGGACUGCCAGGAAUGGACUUCUCAUUUUAGACAUUUUCUCUACACAGUGGAGACAAAUCUACUCAAAGGUGCUGCAGACUCUCUCAGAAGUUUAAGAUAAGUCUAUUGUUGCUAUAUGAGUACGAAUCUUAAAGGUGCAAUUACCACAUUGUUUAUUCAUUGUAUAACAGUUUCUUCCUAGAAAGGUAUUAAUGAGUAGUCUGCAAGAAUAAUAAACACACCAUUUAUUAGGACAAGUUUUCUCAUGGGCGAAAACAGCAUAGAAUUAUGACCAGGGGUGGCUCAACCCAUAAUUCAGCUUUUAUACUACGUGGAAGGGAAUGGAAGGAAAGAUAGAGGGGAAGUAACUCACUAGCUUGGAUUUGAAUUGUUUUUCAUCCUCGUCAGAGCCUCCUUGUUUUAUUUGCUUAUUUAACUUAAAACCAAAGAAUAUGUUAAGGCUGGAAGAGAUUGUCAAAGAAAGACUCUCCUGUAGUCAAGCUCUUGCAUGAUAUAGUAUACCUUAUUGGUGCUCAACAUUUGUGGGAAGUGAGAGGGUUGGUGGAGUUUUGAUGAUGAAGAAAUGCUAUAGACUUAGAUUCACAUUUAUAAGACAAUGUUCUCUAAGAACUGAGCCUAGAUAUUUGCAGUAUUGAACCCAUAAAUGAUAAUGAGAAAUCUCAUUACGGGUGGUGGAGGGAGAAAGUGGUAUUUAUUAAUAUAAUAUGUUUGACCAAAUGCCUCUUCUACAUACUUUAUUGAAUAAAAGACAUUCUGACAGAUGAUACAUGAAGCUAACCCUCAGAGUGGUAUAAUCACACAACCAUGUCCAGAACUUACAUUGGCCACAGGACAUUUUAUUAACUUUCUAAUCAACAUCUGGUCUAAAAAUGGGAAUCUUUGCAACUGUCAUUCCAGAGAUGGCCUUGGAGAUGCCAUCUUCUUUGAUCUGGGAGGAGAGCAGCAUUCUCUGACAUCUCCAGUUCAGUGAGCUGGUACUGCAAGGUCCCUCUCGGUAUCUGGAAAUAUAAUGUGUAACACUGCUUACGGUGUUAAAAACCAAGAAACAUAGUGAGCUUGCUUGGCAAGGCUCCCAUCGCCUUUCUGAAAAAAAAAAUGUACUCUCACCAAAUGGCAAAAAUUUCAGUUGGAAAGGGAAGGAAAAUGUCAGCUGUCCAAUGACCAAUCUUCCAAAAGCUAGUAAAUGUAUUUCAAGCAAAAAUAAAGUCAGGAGAAAAAGAACUGUACCUAGGGGCUAACCAAUCCUCCAGUGUUGCCUAGAAUCUCUUCACUUGCUUCCAUAGCCUGGCCACACUGGACAUCCUCGUGGGAUGGAUCUUAUCUGGUGUCCGUGAGCCCCAUCCAUCUCUUUACUGAAAAAAGGAAUCUACACUGGUGCUGAGAGACGGAUGAGAAGUAUCUAAUACCUCUCUUCUUUUGGGCAGCUCUGCACUUCACAUUCAAAGUCUUUCAAAGAAUAUGGUAGACUAGAGUCUCCUUCCAUUGGGGAUUUAUAGAUACCACCUAUAACUCAAAAGUCCCCCAAAGGGACUGUAUAGCCCAGGAGUUCAUUUGUCGAAUAAACAUGAAUGCUUCCAUAAUUAUCCCCUUUUCUUUUGCUUUGCCUUCUGGUACAUGCUUAGCUACUUUAGUCACCUCAUAACUUGUAUAGGAAUGAGCAUGAGUUAAACAGCUUCAAAUAGCGUUCAAAAGCUUCGAAAAGCCUUUUCACGGCUUAGCACUGGGUUCAAUUCACUAAGACUGGUAGAGCAAGUCCUCUCAGUCGACUUUGUGUUCCUUUAGUAGCUGGGAAGCAGUAGGCUGCUUCAGAGCCUGACUCUCGUGCAAUCGUGAGCCACUCUAUCACUGAAUAUACUAAUCACUGAAGCAACAUCACCACAAGUCUGUUUUGAGCCUUUGGGCCACACUGGUUUGAUAUCAGAUUUCACAAUACAAUUAGUUUUUCUAAUGAGACUGCCAUAUAUGAAUUGGAGGGCUUACAAAAUACAGGACCUGUCUAUCUUUACUUAACAAAGAAAAGUUUCUUCCUCUCUGCCUAUUCCUUCUCUUUCUCUCCUUUCUCUCUUCUUCCUUUCCUUCCUCCCCUUGAAAACAGUCUGUGGUCUGUGGGAAAUAGGCAGAUACAGCUUUCUUGAGUAUAAAAUGCUUAGAUUUCGGCAUCAUUUUCUUUAUAUCUAUUUACUUAAUGUGUGAUUUUAUAUACAUUAAUCAUAAAAAUACCGUUUCUAGUGGAAAAGAGAAUCAGGCAAAAAUGCUUUAUUGUUCAAUAAAACAGACCCUUUUUCCAGUAUUUUGUUUUUAGAGAAUUAUGCUGGUAUUAUCAAAACAAUUACAUAAAAUAACUUCCUAUAGACAACAGGAUGUAAGCUAUAAUCACUCCUUAGAUACUCAGUAGCUUCUGACCUUAAUUUAAACUAUAUAAUUGAAAUUGUACUGCAUAGGAAACCCCAAGCACAAAAAUAUAUAUGAAGCCUUAGGAGCUCUCCUAGCACGUGAACUAUAAGCUUUACAAUACAUCAUUACGUUGUAAUGAUGGUUUUAUUUAUUACAAUUCAUUCUCUCUGUUAACACUUACUAAAUGCUCACCUAGGAUUAGCCACUUGGAGAGAUUAAACAGAAGCCAAGAUAUCCUCCCUGGUCUUCUGGCAGGUUAUAAUCAAAUGUAGUUCUUCCUUUAGACUACAGGAAUCAAGAUUUGCAUUGCGUUUUCCCCUGGACCAAGAACAAGUCAGGCAUGUUUGUGAACCACAACUUAAAAAUCUCUCCAGAGCACCGACAGUGGAGUCUGCUGUUUUUCAUCUAAAAGAACCCCAGAUGCUAUGGAUCAUUCUGAUCAUAGUUGUAAUGCAAAAUAUUUCAGAUCAAUAACUUAAUGGAAUUGCCCUUCACAAAUCUACACAGAGAGAAUCCAUUACAGGGAUGUGGGUAGCCCUGCAUAUUCUUUUCCUCUUAAUGGAGGACAGGCCCACUUUAUUCCAAGAAUAGGAUAUGGCACAUCAAUUCUUGUUCCCGUCCAUUAACAUCCCCAACGCCUCCUGAAGUGCAUUCUCCCGCGAGCAUCCACACUGUCAACUAGAAUUCCUCUACCACGCUACUGCAUAGCAUUUGUUAUAUGAAGGACCAACUCUAGGCUCAAUAUGAAGGGAUUUAGUUCUGUAAGCCUCAAACAACUUCUUUAUUAAGUCAUCAUACCUCUAAGUCUUUUCCAGGGUACCAACCCCAGGGUCGACUUUAAAAAUGGAAAUAGACUUGUAUGAAAAUCACAGAGACUUUCCUCAUACAAAUCAGUGCUAAGGGUUAAAAUAGUCCUAGAUUGAGAAACAGUAAAGUAACAAUAAUAGCAGAAUUGAUGAGCAAAAAUCUAAUGACAUUUAGAUUUUUAAAGUUGGAAAUGGGAUUUCUGCUCCGAUUUUGAAAAUAUUUAUUUUUGACUUAGAGACCAAGUUAGUCCUUUAAAAGGAAAAAAGAAAAAAAAUCUUUAAAGAUCCAAGUGUUUUGCAAAAUUGAAAUUUACAUAAUGGUAUUCAUUUGAAAAACAAGGGAACUAUGAUUCUUUGAGACUCAUUUCUUCUAGGCAUGAAAGUAAUAACAAAAGGAAGAAAACAGGUGUUUUUACUAACUGUAGGGCAAAUGAUGAAUAGGACUUAAAUGUUCAAUCAGACCAACUCCCAUGGCUUAGAAAUGAGUACUUUGGCAGAGAACUAUAAAUACUACUAUUAUCUGGCGCGCGGUCGCACACGCACACACACACACACACACACACACACACACACAGGCACAUGUGUGUAUAAAAACAACCAAAGAUCUCAUUUCUAGAAAAAGAUGACCCUACAUACAGGUUUAACUGAAAGGGUUCAUAUGGAGAUUUUGAAGAAGGUCAACAGAGUGGUCAUUUGUGUAAACACACUAUCGUGGGAUUUUUCUUUGACAUUAGUUCAAAGAUUACUACGUUUCUUUAAUAAGAGUUUUCCUAGAAUUGAUUCCAGUGUUGCCUAGUAAUGACAUAAAAAUUUUCAGAAAAUAUUAUCCAUAGGUUCAAAGUUUCCUUCACUAUUUCUUCUUGUUGCCAUAUCCUUUGAUGUUAAGAAUGAAAGACUAAACUUUGAUAGUUAUUUUGAUUUUAAUAAGAUUUUAAAAUAGAAGUGCAUGAUAUUUUUCUACAGUUUUCACUGGAAAGAUCAUACAGAAACCUUUUAAAUAAAGAAAACUGGUUCUCUGUUGAACUAAAGUUGAUGAAACAAACUAUACUAAUGUGAGCCUCCCUCCAAUUUUAAUUUUGUUGGGAAAACAGACCAGAAUAUUAAAUUCACAGACUUUUAAACAAUUUUGCUUUCUUUCCUAUCUUUCAAGUACAUGUUUUACCUUUUCCAUUAUAUCUGUUUGUGUAUGCUUCUUUUUUCAGUAUUGUUUUAUUAAAAACAACAUCCAGAAGAAAAAAACAAAACCAAAACCAAACCCUGCUGUAGCUAUGACAUCUCUAUUUUCCUUCCUUCCUUUCUUCCUUACUUGGUUCCUUUCUUUCAUUGACUAGGUUUUUUUCUUCCUCUGAGAUUUACAUUCUUCCAGUAACGCUUCCCUUUUAGUUUUGAAACCAUUGCCAUUUCCACUAUAUAAUUAGCAUUCUUAUUCAUCUGAAAGCUAGUAAGUAAACCUAGCAUUUGUGCAGUGUCCCUUCUUUAUAAAAUGUUAAGGCUUUUGGAUGAUAGAAAGAAGAGCUCCCUUCAAAAGAUCAAAAGCAUCAUAUUGAAUAAUGUAAUGAUGAUCUGUGCUUUGAUUUUCUCUCAGUAGUUUCAACACUGACAUUUAAGACACACACACACACACACACACACACAAUCCCUUUAAGGGUUUAAUUGAGUAAAAAUAAAAGGCCAGAGAUCACGUAUAUGAAGUUGUUUUGUAUGAUUGAAUACUUUGUGAUGAAAUAAAUGGCAAAACGAAAAAACUAUUAAAAUGUUAACAGCAUUGAAGUGUUUUCAAUUGUAAUUAUUAAAUGCACAGUGUUCCUUUCACUAUUAGCCAAAUGUUGCCUACACUGAUCACACGAUUCCUUGAAAAUUCUAAGUGAAUUUCUACUACAGAUAUUUAUUUUCCCAAUGUUUGGAUCGUCCCUUCACAUAAAAAUCAUCAGUACUGUGACUUUGAAAAGAAGAAAGAAAAGAGAGAAAUGUGGGUUUUUAAAAGCUAACAUUAGUAAUAAAGAGCGUUACAAUACAAAUCACUGAAAAAUCUUAGAAAAGCAAUUACUGGUAAGAAUAAAAAAUCAUUUCUGUAAGGCCCAAAAUGGAGCACAUUACAAAAAGACACAUUACAAGGACAAAGCUGGGUCUCUUUCUGUGGUUUUAGGAAUUCAAGUUUUUGGCAAGGUAUUAUUUAAGCCCAUUUGUCUCUAAAAGAAAACUUCAGCCUGUACAAGGAGUUGUGUGUUUUAUAAUUGCAUUAAGUGCCUGCUUCCUCCAAAAGCCCUCCAAAACACUCAGUAAAUUUAUAUUUAUCUAGCCACUGAGUGACAUAUCUGUGUGUGAUGGAAUUAUUUUCAGAGCUUAAUAGCCUUCGUGAUUUUCCCAUGGGAAUUCUGCAAAAACUAACAGGGUCUAGGUUUUUUUUUGUUGUUGUUGUUUAUUUGCUAGGGUACUUCAUUUUUGCUGGCUAUUGAAGCUUAUCCCUGAGAAGCCAAUUAUGCAAAUAAUUUGGAGGCAUUCAGUCUUCCCUCCGUGUCUAAAAUAAUUCUUGCUACCACUUGUGUUUCCUAACUACAACUGUUUUCUCGAAAUAUAUCACAUGUUUAAUAUAAAUAAAGCCCAUGUAAAUAUAAAUGUGUUAA